AUGACUGUGAACUCAAGGAACACUUGGACAAUAGAGACGGUGACUCCACCACCUCCCCGGGCAGGAGGAAUACGCGGCACUGCGGACAGACAGCAGAAUUCCGCCUUCCAGAGUGUCCGACUUCUGCAACUUGCCGGGUAUUUCAGCCACGCAGAGACACAGCGACCUCCCAAAUGGUCACCGCGAACGGGCGUUACCAGGGCAUUCCCCAAGGCGUCUUUAUCCCCUCCGCAAGUCUCCGGACGCCUCGCUCGCCCCAAGCCCCGCAGCAGCGCAGCCCCACCGGCUGCUGCCCGCACGGCUCCCAGUGCCACCCGCACUGCCCCCAGCCUGAGUCAGCCCUGCAUGGGCCAGCCGCAGCCCCCGGGACCCCCCGGCAGGGGACAGCUCCGCGCAUCGCCCCCGCCAUCCUCCGGGGUCGGAGCCCCCCGGGCCCGCCGUGAGCACGGUGCGCGGCUCUCACCAGGAGGAGGGUGGCGAGGGCCGCGGCGGCCACGGGCAGGGAAAGGGACAGGGGCAGGGACAGGGACAGGGGCAGGGACGGCGGCAACGCCGCCGCCAUCGCCCCCGGCGGCGCGCGGGGCUCGGUCGCGCGGCAGCAGCGAGGCGGAAGCGGCCGCAUCGCCGGGAGCCGCCGGCGCCCCCCCGCGGCCGGACCCCGCCAGCGCCGCCGCCGCCAGGGCCAGUCCUCCCGCAGAGCCCGCCGGGCGGGCCGGCCGUCAGGGGGCGCUGCAUGCGGGGCGGCGGUGGUGCCGCCGUGGCGGCCGCCUUAAAACUGUGGAACCAUUGGAAUAUUACAAAAGAUUUUUGAAAGAGAACUGUCAACCUGAUGGAAGGGAGUUAGGUGAAUUUGGGGCAACCACUGUCAGCAUAGGUUCAAUUACAACUGCAGAUGGUUCUGCCCUGGUGAAGUUAGGAAGUACCACGGUGAUUGGAGUGAAAGUAGAACUUGCUGCACCUGCAGCAGAUUCUGCUAAUAAGGGAUAUAUUGUACCAAAUGUAGAACUGCCAUCCCUCUGUUCAGAGAGGUUUCGCUCUGGACCACCUGGUGCUCAAGCAGCGAGCCAGUUCAUUGCAGAUGUGAUUGAAAAUUCACAGAUGAUAGUGAAAGAAGAUCUGCGUAUUGCAAAUGGCAAGCUUGCUUGGGUGUUAUACUGUGAUAUCAUAUGUCUGGACUAUGAUGGAAACCUUUUGGAUGCCAGUGUCUUUCCUUUGUUAGCAGCAUUAAAAAAUGUACAACUGCCACCGGUUAUUAUAAAUGAAGAAACUGGUUUAUCAGAAGUGAAUUUAAAACAGAAGACUCCUUUGAUUAUCAGAAAGCAUCCAGUUGCCACAUCAUUUGCUGUAUUUGAUGACACAGUACUCAUUGUUGAUCCAACUGCUGAAGAAGAAGAUUUAGCAACUGGAACAGUAACCAUUGUCACUGAUGAAGAAGGCAGAUUAUGUUCUGUCCAUAAACCAGGUGGAAGUCCUCUUACAGGCAAGCUUCAGGACUGUAUCACCAGAGCAAUUACAAGACACAAAGAAGUAAAGAAGCUGAUAGACAAAGUAAUAAAAAGUAUAAUGCCCAAGUGAACAAAAGGAGAGAGCUUUUCAAAAAUGGAUUUGUAAAAAUUGUAUUUGUUACAGUGUUCACAAACCUUUUAUACUAAAUAAACAAAUACCAAUACUACCUUUACAAA